AGAUGUGGUGGAUUUGGAUCGAAUUAUGGCCAAGUAUAAUGAGGGAGAAACCACUUUGAAAAUCACUAUGCCUAAAAGGAUUGGAGGGAUUUGUGGGUUUGAGAUUGAGGAAGAGAAGGAAGAGGAACCCCAGGAAAGAAGAAGCCAUGGUGAAAGAUAUCCAAAGCAAUGCAGACAGAGAGGAAAGCAAUGAAGAGCAAUGUGAGGAGGUUCAGGAAAGAGAGAAAAGGAGGGAGAUUGGAAGAGGAACUGGGGACACCUCAAAGUGCAGUUGAUAAGAGGAAUGGCAAAGAACAUGAAGGAUACAUUUCGGGGAAAUUGGAAGAAGCUGAAGGGCAGAACAUCCUGUUAUUCCAACAGCAUAUCCAGAAACAGAAACUGUUGAGCCUGAUACAGUCCAACAAGAAAGAGAUACAGAUCACGCAAGGGUGGAAGAAUUGCCAUCUGUUGAAGAAGAACUACUCGAAGAACCUCCAGAUGAGAUAGAAAAACUCAAAGAGGCAGAGGAAAGAGCCACGACAGAUGUAAAUUAUCGAGGGACUUAACAAGUAGAGUUACUGUUUUUUCAAAACUCCUCAAAUGGUUUCGCACGUGCAUAAUUUUGACAUCGCACGUGCAUAAUUUUGACACGGGCAUGCCAUUCACUUUGCUGAAAGCAAGAAAUAAGGAUUUUUCCA